AAAACAGAUAGUAUUGUGAUAACAGAGCACAUUCCAUAUACCAACAACAAUCGUGAGUGUGAUAGCGCGUGUCUCCUAUAAUAACGAAGUAUAUAUUUUGCAAGAUGUUUAAAAAAGAACUAAUAAUUUUUAAUAUACUCCUGAUGUUUGCUUUCGUAUUUUGUGAUGUCAAUCCAACAUUUGCAACUGCAAAAUACCUUUUUGACUUCACGAAGACUGAUAAUGUUGAUGUGUGGCAAGAGCAAUCGGACACAGUCAGAGAUGUUGGCAUGUCCAAAGCAGUAUUCAUAAUACAUCAAAACAAAGGCUUCAGAAGAGCUAUAUUUUUUGUAUUGUUGAACCCACAAAUGAACGGGGCUGGUUUUGCUGGCAUAAGGGCAUUACAAACAUACGAUCUAAGAAGCUUCAUAAAAUUACAAAUAAGAUGUAGAGGUCAGGGUCAAUAUAAUGGUUAUAAAGUCGUAUUACGACAUAAAGGACUUAACGACGAACCAAAUUACUCAUUUGAGCAAUAUUUUCAGGCCCCGCGAGAUGAAUUUGCCGAAAGCAGUCUUUUAUUUUCCGAUUUUAAAGCGUAUUAUCGAGGAAAACGCGUAAACAACAACGAAACUUUAGAUUUAUCCCAAGUGACAAGUAUCGGUAUUCAAAUGUAUGGAGGGGUAUAUCAACCAGUGAAACAAAAGGGGCCAGCGACAUUGGAAAUAGAUUGGAUAAGAGCCGCAUAAUUACUAAAUAAUAUUAUUUGCAUAAUUAGUGUAGUAAGAAAAAUCUUGUAUUCAAUUUUGUUUUGUUUAAUCAGCCUGCCAUAUCGAUCGCAAUUGAACCUCGAUCCUUCUGGUAUUUUUUUGCAGUUUCGGUUACAAGUUUCUCUCUUCGAAACGUGUUAUUUUGACAGCAACGGCAAAUUUCGUUUCCGAUUUAGCUUUAAUGAAGUAGCCGUUAAUCCAACUGAAGUUAAUGGGGUGAUUGCGGGCGAUAGCUCCAUUACGCUAUAACCAACCUAUCAAGUAAACGGGCAGAGUGCGAGAAGGUAAAAGUUCGUGCGUCAACUUUCUAUAUGGUUGUGGUACGGUGUUCUCUCUCGAUAUUUAGUACCCUAAAAAUAUAUUGACAAUAAAGUUUCAGUAGCAUAAGUAACAAGGAAGAAAUCUCAUUUUGACGAAAUACAAGAGCAAUAAAAUAUCUUUAAGUGUUUUUAAAUUUACCGAAGCUUUGCAGCUUAUGUUGCGACCGAGAAUACAUUUCGAUCUUAUUA